AUGGCACCAUCUUUGUAUUCAUUUUCCUCAGAAACUCUCGCUGACUUGCAGAAGUUUCGUUUCAAAAGCGCAAGAGCUUCAGAAAUGCAAGCACUUGUGUAUGAAAUAGACAAGGAAUCGUAUGACGUCAGAAAGGAAGAUGACACAGUAUAUACCAACGUUGAAGAUCUCAUAGAAGAACUCCCCGAUAAUAGUGCUCGAUUCAUCGUAUUGUCAUACCCUUUUAAGACUGCUGACGGUAGAUUGAAGUCUCCCUUAGUGUUGAUCUACUGGAGACCUCCAACCUGUGGACAAUCAAGUAAGAUGUUGUAUGCAGGAGCAGUAGAAUUAUUCAGAGAUAAGGCAUCAGUAUCAAAGCUUAUAGAGAUAGAGGAAGAGGAAGAGUUUGAAGAUUUAGAAAAGCUUCUCCUCUAA